CACACCAAUCAAUGAUUCAACACCCUUGUUCUUUAUUUCUUUAUACCCUCUUUCCAAUAUUUAAACACACACAGGUUUUUCAAGUUUAGUCUUCAUCACCUCAAACUCUUUUGUCUUUGCAGCACCAGACAUUUCCAACCUUCUUCCUUCAUUCUCCUUCAUUCUCCUUCACCAUCAUCCAAAAAGUCACCAUCCAAAAACCUUAUAUAUUUGUUCCUAGGCCAAACCCUACAACAUAUGGGUCAUAUGAGUUACAAUAGGGUUAGCAGUGGGAGAGGAUCAUCAUCAUCAUCAUCAUCAUCAUCAUCUUAUUGCCAUGGAAAAUGCAGAGGGUUUAGGUUAAACCUCAGAAGGCUUUACUUCCUGCGUCUCAGGAAAAGAAAAAAUGGCUUCAAAAGAAACUACAGCAACAGCAGCAGAAGUGGCUUGGUGAGAGAUGAAAGAAUCAAGGGCCAAUCUGAUUCUGGGGUAUCUUCUUAUGGAAGGAACAACUCUUUCUAUGCAGAAGCCAUUGCAGAUUGCUUGGAGUUCAUCAAACGAACGUCUAUUUCUUCCAUCGACCAAAUCCAAGACCCAGUUCGUCAUAUUCAAGAUACAAAUUCUUGACUUCUUUUUUUCUUCUUUUUGGUAGACAAAAUCAUACAAAGUAUUAGCCUUUUUUUGUUUUCACUUUCUGGGUCUCCUCUUGUUUGUUAUGAAUUUAUCUUCUUCUUUUUCUUCCUUUAGUUUUUAGGAAGAAGCAUUGAUAAGAUAAGAUAAAAUAUAUAGUCAUCUGUGUAUAUAUUGAUUUCCUCUGAAGUUUUGCAUCGGUAAUGGGUUAUUGAACAAAGUGUGAAAAUUGUCAUAUAUAAUAUAACGUGUAAAAUAUUCUUCCUUCAGAUUAUAAAUCUCAGUGAAUUACAAUUUA